AUGGCUCGGAGAAACAAGGCGCCCAAGGCCAAGGAGCCCGAGAUCGACGACGACAUCCUCGACGAGGACUCGGAGGUCGACGAGUUUGAGAACUACAAGCCCGGCAUGGCCGAGGAGGCGUAUUCCGGCGAGGAGGAUGAGGACGAGGAAGGCGAGUUCGAAGGGGAGUUCGAUUCUGAGGACGAGGGCGACGGAGUCGGCAUCUACGAGGCGGACGACUGGGACGACGAGGCUUCUGCGUCGGACUCUGACUCGGAGGACGAUGACGAGGGGCCCAGCAUGCUGCAGAAGGGCCUACAGGAUAUCCCACUGGACACGCUGCGCAAGGCCCAGAAGGCGCUGAAGGGCAAGGGGAAGGAGGUGGACGAAGACGACGGCCUGACGGCCAAAGAGCGCAAGCUGCGCGAGGCUAAGGCGAAGCUCGCUAGCCUGCAGCGCGCGAAGGGCAAGGCUGGUGCCGUCGAGUCUGGCUCGGACUCUGGCUCGGAAGACGAAAGGGACGAGAAGCGCGAUGGUCGGGCACAGAAGCGCGACAACAAGCAUGCUGGCGAUGUCGACGAAGAAGCAGUGAAUGCCGAGCUGCACUCGAAGGGAUACGCGUUCCUCCCCGAGAUGCUCGAGAAAGAGCGCUCUCAGCUCAAAGACGAGGUGAAGCGCCUCUCCAAGCUGGAGAAGACGUGCAAGCUCGUCGAGAAGCCGGGCGUCACGGCUCAGCGUGAGGAGAAGGAGCUCCAGCUGUCCAAGGUCUUGAACCGCCUCAGCAGUCUCCGUCGCGAGCAGGCCGAGCGCGAGGUGCUCUCCAAGGCAAAGCGGGAAGAGCGCGAGAAGCGCGAGCAGGGCAAGGGCGCUUGGUUCAUGAAGAAGUCGGAGAAGAAGGAUCUGCUUCUCAAGGCGCGGUUCGAGCAGCUCGAGCAGAGCGGCGGCAAGAAGGCUGUCAACAAGGCGAUCGAAAAGAAGCGGAAAAAGGUCGCGGGCAAGGAGAAGAAGUCGAGGGCCAUCAUCGAGAACAGCAACAGGGGCAGCAGGGGAGAUGGCAGCAAGCGGAGGCGCGUGGUUUAG